AAUUCAUAAUACAAAUUGGUAUGAGGAUAUUGAUUUAAACUUUAAAACAUUUACAAUAAAUCUUUGCUGUUGUGGAAAGCCAUAUGGUUACAAGUAUUGCGGCAGACCUAUAACAGUUAAAGAUGCGUAAGAAAAAAACAAGAUGAAAAUGAAAACACGAAAGAAAGGUGUUCCUAGAACUAAGGAGGAACGACCACUGAACAGAUCAUUUAACAGUCAGCAAGCAAGAGACCAGGGGUAUUCAGAUUUACAUAACACUGAUUCUGACACGGAUGAUGAGCUGUCAUGGGAAGAGGAUGGUGAAUAUUCAUCCAUGGGAAUGUGACAGAUAGACAAUUAACAUGACCAGUAAUGGAAAAGGGGAGGCAACCUAUUUAGUUAAUGAAGACGAACUUGCCAAACCCAAUGUAGAGGAGAAACUACGUAAUCGUACAAUUUCUGAGGGCUACAAAUAUAGGUCACUUGAUGAAAGUGUGUCAUCUAGUGAAGGAUCAUCGGAUGGUGAUACAGUAAAACGUAAACCUGAUGUAUUAUGGUCUCAGCGAUACAACAGAUUGGCAUGUCUACUGGCCAUUGCUGUGUUUGUUAUAGCCUUCUUGGUUGGCAUUGUCAUAUAUCAACAUGUGACAAAGGAUGACAAAGAUAUAUGUACAAAGCCUGAAUGUGUACAUUCUAGUUCUUACAUCACAGCUCAGAUGAAUUUGUCUGCAGACCCAUGUCAAGACUUCUACCAAUAUAUCUGUGGUAAUUGGGAGAAUACAGUCACCAUUCCAGACUCUCGACCAAAAUACAACAUAUUUUCUGUAGUUUCUGAUCAAAAUAAAGUAUACAUAAGAAAGAUCUUACAGUCAAACUCCACAGUGAUUAAAGGACAGCACUCCGAAACUGUACAGAAAAUGAAGACCUAUUACAAAAUGUGUUUAGAUAUUACAAAGAUAAAUGAACUAGGGUCAGAACCAUUAACUCAGUUUAUCAAAACGAUAGGUUCCUGGACUGUCACUGAUACAGGGUUUGAUGAAAGUAAAUGGAAACUGGAAGAUGUUUUGGCAAAAAUCAACAUCAACAAUUUUGCUCCUUUAUUUGAUGUCGGCAUUACUAUUGAUGAUAAAAAUAGCUCACAGUAUGUUCUAAGUUUUACUCAGCCUGAUCUCACAUUAAAAAAUGAGGAAGAAUAUAACACAACUUACUCCAGUUAUGAAGAUCUACGUAAUGCCAUGCUAGACUUCGGUGCAACACUCGGCCAAUAUCUCGGUGGUGAUUACAAUAAAACACGACAAAAGAUGGAGGAAAUUUAUAACUUUGAGAAACAGUUAUCAGAAAUAUUUGUACCAAAAGAAAUUUUACGACAGCCAGACCUGUCAUACCACAAAAUGACACUAAAAGAAUUACAGGGAAUUAUGGGUAAUUGGAUUGACAUGAGUGAGUAUUUACAGAACUUUCUGGGAUAUAAAUUACCAGAAGAUACUGAUGUGUUAGUGUACACUCCAGACUACCUCACCAAACUAGCACCAAUAAUGCAGAAAACAUUGUCCAAUAAACCGCUGUUGGCAAAUUACAUGGUAUGGACUGCUGUCCAGUAUUUUAUGGGAUUUCUUCCACUGAAGUACUCCAAAGCAGCAUUGAUUCUAGAAAAGGUUGAGAGUGGUGUAAAGGAAUUAGAUCCUGUGACACAGAGAUGUGUAGAUAAAACUAAUGCUGUGUUUGGAUUUGCUACUGGAGCUAUGUAUGUGGAACAACAUUUUUCAGAGUCCAGUAAGAGUGAGGUCAAGGAUAUACUACAUAGAGUUCUUACAGCGUUUUAUGACAGUAUGCCUGAAGUUGAUUGGAUGGACAAAGUGACGCGAGAAAAAGCUCAAGCCAAGUUAAAAUAUAUCACACCAAUGAUUGGAUACCCAGACUGGAUCCUUAACGUCACAGCGCUGGAUAAGUAUUACGAAAACAUAACAAUUGUUGAAGACAGAUUCUUUGACACAUAUGUGUCACGUAGAAAAGUUGAGGUAGAUAGGGUGCUGAGAAAACUGAACAAGGUCCCAGAUAGAUCUGAAUGGGAUAUGAUGCCAUACACUGUCAAUGCCUACUACACACCACAACUGAACAAAAUUGUUUUUCCUGCUGGUAUUCUACAGAGACCAUUUUAUGAUCCAGACUUUCCUUUAUCUUAUUCCUUUGGGUCUAUUGGAGCUGUAAUGGGACAUGAAAUGACACAUGGAUUUGAUGAUCAAGGAAGACAUUUUGACAAAUAUGGAAAUUUAGAAAAUUGGUGGACAAACCGAUCUAGUCAAGGAUUUAUUCAAAAGUCUCAAUGUAUGAUUGAUCAAUACUCACAGUUCAAAUACCAAGGGCAUAAUAUAAAGGGAGAAAGAACAAUUGGAGAAAAUAUAGCAGACAAUGGUGGGAUAAAGUCAGGGUACACAGCUCUCAGUAGAUGGAAGCCUGAGGACACGGAGAAAUUUGCUGGAUUGAACUUAACACCAGAACAACUUUACUUCAUAGGAUUUGGACAGAUCUGGUGUGCAUACUACACCCCAGCACAUGCUAAGACAUCAAUCUUAACAGAUGUACACUCGCCAGCUCCUAUCAGGCCAAAUGGUAUAGCCAUAAACUCUCCAGCAUUUUCUAAAGCCUUCAAUUGUCCAAAGGGGUCUCCAAUGAACCCUGAUCAUAGAUGUGAAGUGUGGUAACCAUAGCAACAGAACCCAGGAGACCUUGAUCUGAAUUGGUGCUACCAUUAUGUCUUCCUAACUUUUCAAACUAAAAAUGUGAAACUGUUACUUCAUACAAUAUGUGUAUUGAUUUUCAUGUUUCCUUGACUGUAACAUGUAUAUGAAUGCUUUUUGAAAUUUUUUAGGUGUCUUUUUGAAAAAAAGAUGAUGCAAAAAUUAAAUAUUUUUUAAAUGCCAAAUGGUAUAAAAAUCCAAAUAUCAAAUAUAUCAUAAAGUAAAAUGCCAAAAUUAUUUAAAAUGCCAAAUGGUAUUCAAAAUACCUGUCUGCUCGUACUUGCCAGCUGGGCUUUGCAUUAGCUGGAAAUUAUUGCAUUCAAAGAUUGUUGUGAGAUUAUAAAUAGAUUAUUUGUGGUAGUUUAAGUAUCCAUGUCAUUUGGACUCAGGUGGCUAGUUUUUUUCAUUGUCAAUCAAACCACAGCUCCCUAUUUUUAUAUUUCCAUUGAAAGAUGGAGGGAUUUUAUUGAAAUAUUGGGGAGAAAAAAUAAAUUAAUUGAUCUGUCCUUACAACAUGCAUCAAAUAUUUGCUAUUGGACAUUAAACUACCAAUAAUCAAUAUUUGUGCAGUUUUCAUGGUCUGGUAGAAGUAACACACAUUUGAUUGCUCACUUUUUGUUAAGGUGGUACCCAACACCUUGACUAAUAUUAAUUUGGCUCGUUUAAUUUUCAUAAAAUUUUGACAAAAUGUUUACUUUGACCCUUUGACAAAAAUAUAAAAAUUUCAAAAAAUUUGAACCAACCACUUUAUCAGAAAAAUUUCUUUGGUUAUAUAGCAGUUUGACAAAAACUAAUUUUGAUCAUUGAGAAGCUUAAUAUUUCCUUAACAAUACAACGUAAUUAAAACGUUUAGCUGAUUUUUACAGAGUUAUCUCCCUGUAGUGUUAGGUACCACCUUAAACAAUUUAUCAUCAUGCAAUAGUUUUCCUUUUUUUUUCCCUUUUUUUUUUUAUCUAUAUAGAAAAGUAAAAUGAUUUGAUGAAAAGGGAGAUAAAAUUGGUAAAAGAUUUUUCUCAAUGUCUUUUGUAUUUUUAUAAUGAAAAUUUGUAGAUUAGGGAUGAUUGUUUUCCUUCUGAAAUUCCCAAAGAAAGAUUCAGUGUUUUGAAGUGAUUUUGUAAAAGUUUGUUUCAUUGAGGCUUAAAAUUACUAUUUAUGGAACAUUCCUUAUUUAUUGUGCAUAAUACUGUAGUUAUUUUGUAACAAUUUUCUUUAUAAAUUAUCCUUGUAAAUUGAUAUUUAAAUUCUGCAGGGUAACCAUGGUGACUUCAAUGAUUUACCUUUUACCAACGGGUUAUAUUUGUGCAUCAAAAAAUCAUCUUCACAUUAAUAUUGUUCAUUUGUACACAUUAUUCUUGCAGGGUAUAUUUUGUACAUUUUACAAGAUAGCAAAAUAAGUCAAAUUAUCGAACCUCAGAUAAAUUAUGACUUUAUGAUUGGUUUAACUCCGUCACGUGAUGACCCCUAUGGAUCCGUAUGGGGUCAUUAGAUUUCAUAUUUGGUUCAUGACGUCACAUUUACUAUUAAUGGUGACGUCAUCAAUUAAUGUUAUUGUAUUUCAUUGCUUAUUUUUAUACAUAACAUUCUGAAAUGCAUAAUAAUAAUUGGUUCAUUUGUGUUUGUUUCCAUAGGAACAAAGAUUUAAAUUGUGGGAAAUAUGUAUCUUCUUGUAGUUUGCAUCUGAGAUUAAUAAAGUCUAGUGUUAUUUUCAAACAAUGUUAAAGCCAAUGUAGCACUUUUUAUGAAAGAUAGUUUUAAACACAGUCAUCUGUCAAUUAAGUAUUGUUUAAAAGGUAGAUUUAAAUUUGGGAUUAUUUAUUUCAUUUGUUUUUUUGCCAUGAGAAAAAAAAAUUUGCAUUGUCAGUCAAUUUGAGAUUGUUUAAAAGGUACAUGUAGAUGUCAAUUUGAGAUUAUUUUUCCAUUUAAGUUUGUUGCCAUGGGAACAAAGAUUUGCAUUGUGGGGAAUGUGUAUUAUUUAAGGUUGUGACUGAGAUUAAUGUUGAGCACAUUUUAUUGUGUGUCUUUUUUAAUUGUUAAAUUAUAAUGAUGACAAUGUGUUAUUGUUCAUAUUAAUUAUGUUCUGUUUUUAUUUUUGGUUUAUGGAGAGAAAUCCUAUAUCGUGCCUUUCUUUUUUUAAUAAAAGAAAUACUCUUUA